UCUAUCAAAAUAUCACAUAGAUUUUACACACACACAACUUCAUCAUCGGCUCUCUCGCCUCUGCCUACCUAAUCGCCGCCGUCGACCUGAGAUUUUGGACCCAUCCGACGGUGAUGGAGAACGCCGACGUCUUCACCGGGCUGCACGAAUUUCUCGAACGCAUGCGUCAACCGUCGGCCAGCGACUUCGUCAAGUCUAUCAAAAGUUUCAUUGUGUCGUUUUCGAACAAUUCUCCUGAUCCAGAGAGGGACAGUGCUGCGGUGCAGAACUUCUUUGCGCAAAUGGAAGUGGAUUUUAGGGUUCAUCCACUUUGGGCUGGUUGUUCUGAAGAGGAGCUCGAUAGUGCUGGCGAGGGACUGGAGAAGUAUGUCAUGACAAAGUUAUUUACUCGUGUAUUUGCUUCACUUCCAGAUGAUGUAAAACUUGACAACAUACUACAUGAGAAGAUGGCUUUGGUUCAACAAUUCAUUCGACCAGAAAAUUUGGAUAUCCAGCCCCCCUUUCAAAAUGAAACAUCAUGGCUGCUUGCACAGAAAGAACUGCAAAAGAUCAAUAUGUACAAGGCACCAAGGGACAAGCUUGUGUGUAUCCUCAAUUGUUGCAAGGUUAUCAAUAACUUGCUGCUCAAUGCUUCUAUUGCUUCAAAUGAGAAUCCUCCUGGAGCUGAUGAAUUUCUUCCUGUCUUAAUUUAUGUUACUUUGAAGGCCAACCCUCCGCAACUGCACUCAAAUUUGUUGUAUAUACAAAGAUACAGGCGACAAUCUCGAUUAGUAGCAGAAGCAGCCUAUUUCUUCACAAACAUGCUCUCUGUCGAAUCCUUCAUUUCAAAUAUCGAUGCGAAAGCCCUGUCAAUGGAUGAAACUGAGUUUGAAAAGAACAUGGAAUCUGCUCGAGCAAUUCUAUCAGGACUCUCAACUGAUUUGAACAGCCAGCCUAAUCAAAGCGGUCAACCUGUGAAUAUAAACAAGGAGCCAACUGCACCUCCCAAAUCGUCAAAAGUUCCAUCACUUUCAGAUUUGGAGGAUAAGGGUGCAGAACUCCUUGUAAACGAUAAGCAGGCAAGCCAGGUUUUCCGGCAGUAUCCAUACUUGUUUGCGCAUGUUGGUGAUCUAACAGUCAAUGAUGUAGAAGACCUUCUUAAUAAUUACAAACAGCUUGUUUUCAAGUAUGUUUGUCUCUCCAAAGGAUUAGGUGAUUCUGCUCCAUCUCUUCCUCUAAAGAGUUCAGAAACACAGGAUCACCAGCAUACUGAAACUGCAAAGCAACAGGACCAUACUAGAGCUGCAGAGCCUAAUGAUGAGCCAUCAAAGGAUACUGAUAGAAAGGAUGAUGGUUCAAAUACAGAGUCUCUUUUUGAAGUGGAAAGUUUAGAAUCUAAAUUAUCAGAGGAUCAAACAGUAGCACCACAAGACAGUAAACAUGAAGAGUCCUCUCAAUCACAGCUCUCCUAGUUAAUGUAUUUUGCAGGGGUAUUCUAAAUUUUAAUGCUAGGAUCACCAUCAGGGCUCCCUUUUUUUCAUUUUCUCAAAUGUGGAGGGAAUAUCACUGUGGCUACUUUUGGUUGGCAAUGAGUGUUGUCAUCACGGAAUGGUGAAGUCUGGAUAGAAUGAGGAGUUUAGCAUUUUGAUUUGGCAAGCCUCACCAGGCAUGUGUGAAGAUACAAAUAUUUCCAACUGUUCAGCAAGUCAGCAUUCCACAGUUAUACAUUUGUGCACUUGUAAUCUCAUAUAUGCAGCAAUGUAAUGAUCCCGAGACACAGGAGCUUGUUGAAUCUUAAAUGAAAUGUAACUUUCACCAGAAGCACUUUGCUCUCCUUCAUCUAGGGGCAGAAGUGUAUGUUCCACAUUUCUUUUCCUGUGUUUUUCCUCUGCAAUAUCUUUCAUCUAUAUAACAAUCUCCUGAUGUUGAUAGUAUGCAGUUUCUUUC